AAUUGGCUGACAAUGAUUCCCAACAAAAAUUGGGUCACACCAAAUGAUCAUGAGAAUGUUGAAUUCUUUGGGUCCUCAAAACUCUACCCAGAAAACCCAAUUAAGUUCCCACUCCCACAACUGAAAUAAAUAAAAUAAAAUAAAAAAACCUUCAAGCUUUGAGGCCACAAAGUUUGAGUCUUUUCAGAAAAACCUGGAAAACCCAAGAAUCUUUGCUUGUGACUUUGUUGGGUUUGAAUGAAUCAGAGCUUUGGUGAGAAAGAUAUUCAUUUUUUGUUGGAAUUAUAGGCUUCACUGAGAGCUCAAUUAGGCAUGUUACAAGAGAGAAUGAGCUAUCCAUCAACUCAAUUUGCCACCUCAAGACAAAUGGGGAUAUACGAGCCGUUUCGACAGGUUGGUGUGUGGAAAGAAACAUUCAGGGGUGAUCAUAGCUCAAACACAGGUGCUUCUUCAAUUCUAGAAGUGGAUGCUGGGAUAGAAACCAAGAUUGGAUAUGUUUCUCAUGAAUCCUUGGCACCAUCUGGAAAUGAUCAAGAACCAAACAGAUCUUCUGAUAAGGUACAGAGGCGCUUAGAACAAAAUCGUGAAGCUGCUCGCAAAAGUCGUAUGCGGAAAAAGGCUUAUGUUCAACAACUAGAAACAAGCCGCUUAAAACUGGCACAACUGGAACAGGAACUUGACAGAGCUAGAAAACAGAUAAACCGGCGGCUGCCUGAUUUGCAGGGUGCCUAUGUAGCCAGUUCAUUAGGUACAAGUCAUAUGGGAUACAAUGGAGCUUUGAAUUCAGGGAUCACUACAUUUGAGAUGGAAUAUGGACAUUGGGUUGAAGAACAACACAGACAGAAUGUUGAACUCAGAAAUGCAUUGCAAGAUCAUGGAACCGAUAUAGAACUUCUUCGAAUACUUGUAGAAAGUGGCUUGAGCCACUACGCUAAUCUUUUCCGGAUGAAGGCAGAUGCUGCAAGGGCUGAUGCCUUUUACUUACUGUCUGGCAUAUGGAGAACAUCAGUAGAACGCCAUUUUCACUGGAUUGGAGGAUUUCGCCCAUCAGAGCUUCUAAAUAUUGUGUUGCCACAGCUUCAGCCAUUGGAUGAUCCACAAUUUGUGGAUUUCUGUAACUUGAGACAAUCGUCUCAGCAAGCUGAAGAUGCUCUCACGCAGGGAAUGGAGAAGCUUCAGCAGAAUUUGGCGUUGACCAUAGCAGGUGAUCAAAUCAGUGGAGAAAGUUAUGGAUCUCAGAUGGCUACUGCAUUGGAGAAGUUGGAAGCACUGGAGACCUUUGUGGGCCAGGCGGAUCACCUCCGGCAGCAAACUCUGCAGCAAAUGUCUCGAAUCCUAACGACUCACCAGGCAGCUCGAGGCUUGCUUGCGCUCGGGGAAUACUUUCACCAGCUGCGUGCCCUCAGUUCUCUUUGGACUGCCCGUCCCCGUGAACUGACAUAGUCAGCUGCAAGCCUCCUCUGCUGAAAUAUAUAUUCUUUUCCAAUCAACUUGCCUUGUUUCAGAGGUUGUAAAUAUGUUCAGCUUAGUGGCUGCCUGAGUGUACCAAUUCAAAACAUAUAGGUUUUCAAGUCAUAUGUCUCCAAUGCCUGUAGCAUAUUAGCUAGUUUGUUGGGUAGAUUGAUUUGAAAUGCAAGAUGAAUUAGCUGUUACUUGAUGUGUAAAUUCGCUUGAGACAAUUAUUGCCAUAUGCAUGCCAGCAGUUACUAUUUCUAUUUUAUUAAGGUUUGGUCAGGGAGUGAAAUGUGCAAAUUGUUCU